GGAAGGCGAGGGAAGAGAUGGAGAUGGAGGAGAUGGAAAGGCUGAGGGAGGAGGCGAGAGAGAUGGAAAGGCAGAAGGAGGUGGUGGCAGGGGAGGAAGGGCCGGGGAAGGAGCCAGAGCCAGAGGAUGCGACUAUGUUUGGCUGCCCUAACCUCACUCAACAUAUCUCUUCAAUGUACCAAGUCGACAAAGGAGGAUACUCGAUUGUGUACAAAGGUAUAUGGACUCCUGAUUCACUGGGCACCCAGGAAGUUGCCGUGAAAGUGCUCUUGUCCUAUGCAAAGGACUUAAACCCCGAGGCAAAACGUUGGAAGCGCCUGACGCGAGAAAUACGAAUAUGGUCACGUCUGAGCCAUGUCAAUCUAGUUUCACUGCUUGGCUACGUGAAUGAUGACUAUGGCCUUGGCUUUGUCUCUCUGUGGUAUCCAGAAGGCAAUGUAAUUAAUUUUAUCAAGAAUCGUCCUAGUGCCAACAGAGACGUGAUCUGUGCAGACGUAGCUUCAGGAUUGGAAUAUCUUCAUUCACGGAACCCACCGAUUGUACAUGGUGAUAUCAAGGGACAAAAUAUCCUAAUCACUUCAGAUGGACGUGCUUCGAUCUGCGACUUCGGCCUGUCAAGGAUUUUGGAUGAUAAGCCCACUGGAUUUACAUCCACAGUGGUCGGAAUGAGCCUUCGCUUUUCAGCUCCCGAAUUACUGGACAGUGACGAGAAGACAGUGGAAGCCGACGUUUACGCAUAUGGGUGCGCUUGCAUUGAGAUCUUACUAGAGAAAACACCGUAUGAAGAUAUCCGUGGCGACGGGGCUGUUGUAAUGGCGAUUGCAAGUGGCACUCUGCCUAUCUCUUCCCAACAACUUAAAGAGUGUAACUCGCUCCUUCCACUCCGUAUGUUAAGUAAAUGCUGGAGGAAGGAGCCGUCCAGACGACCACAAGCUGGAGAGUUAGCCGAAGCAUUUCGAGGCGCUCUCGUGAGCCAUGCAAAGCCAAAUCAAACUCCUACACAUCUCGACGAUCGGUUGCGGCCGUGAAGCCCGUGAUCUUCCUCUCAUAUCAUUAUCACUUUCUUCGCCAAUGGAUACAAAGAUGUAGGGGACCGUUGUUGACUACUUAGCUGGUUGUGAGCCAUACGAGCACCCAAUAUCGAAUGCGUAAUCACGGACAUCAAAUGCGGGGUUCAGCAAUCCAGCACCAGAGGCUUCGAGCGUCGAUCGAAUGACGUCACUUUUCCACUUCAUUUCCCAUGCUGAUUUCAAAUUCUCCACAACUGAUUAAACGUUGGCGAGGGGUGGCCCAACGUGGUUUUGAGAGGACACAUCUUGAUUCCGGAUAUGG